AUUUAAUUAAAGAUUCAAUAUAAUUUACUACUACCAAAACUUUGGUGCCAAGUCUAACCAUUGAACGUUCACAAAGCAGGUGUCAUAUAGCUUAUUCCCGCUGACAGUUUUUGGCGGUAAAAUUAUUGUUUAUGCAUUGAGUGACGUCUCGUGGUUAUCAUACAUUUCGUCAGUCUGUGUAACAGGUUUGAAGGAGGAAAUCUUGCGAAUAUUUAUAUUUUUAUUGAAACUGCAAAAUGAAUGACACAUUUGGAGACCAAUUCAAUACAACGGCGAGCGCCGGACAAGCUCAACCGGAACAAAAGUCGGAGGGAAUUGUUCCAGUUUUCGUUCAACAAGUUAUGUGCGCCGAAGAAGGUAACUUCCAAAUGUGGGGAAUGACUUUCAACAUGGUGACUAUAGUGGGAAUUGUGCGACAUAUGGAAACUUCUUCAACAAAAAUCACAUACACCCUGGAAGACCACACGGGCCAGAUAGAAGCUCACUACUGGCUUGAGGAAGACAAUCCAUCUAAGUCGCCUGAUGUAAUGGUAAAUUGCUAUGCACGAAUUUACGGAUCGCUCCGCCAACAUAGUGGCAAGAAGACCGUAAUGAUUUUCCGAAUGUUUUCACUUUCUGGAGCCAAUGAAUUGACGACUCAUUUACUAGAAGUCUAUACAGCACGCUAUAAGGCUGAGCGCUUAUCGCAGAAGAGACCUAGUGAUUUCAUGCCAAUGCAUCAGGAGCACACUGAUAACAGCAAUACAGCGGGACUUACUCCGCAUCAAUCAGCUGUCCUUCAGGCUAUUAGGAACUACAUGGAUACAGAAUCUGGUAUCAGCAUGACACAACUUCACAAGAGCUUGAGUUACAUCCCUGGCAAUGAAUUACGAGAGAUAAUCGAGUUUCUGGUAACUGAAGGGAUCAUCUACACUUCCAUUGACGCUGAGCAUUUCCUGAGCACAUAAACUGAUAUGGUGAUGUUUGAAUUGUAUUCGACGUCAUUAGAGUAAGGCGUUAUUAAGUUUGUGCGUUACGUGUAAGUUCUUAUUGAAUACAGAGAGAUAUAUUACAA